CCUUCUUCGACUGGUAUCAACAGACCCAACCACCCCCACCACAGUAACAAUCCGACUUGAAGAUACUAUCGUGUACCAUAAUCUGUAUCUAAAGUAGUAUGUCUGAGGUAAUUGUACCGAAAAGAAAACACAGCGACAUGGGAGCCGGCGUCAAGAGAGACUACCAAGGCAGAGAAAAGGCCAAGAAAGACGUAGGAGCAGACCAGCCCCGCAAUGCCUACACCUCGAUGUUUGAGACCUUCAGAGAUGAACUCGAUGAGCAUCAUGACCGCCGGAACAGGAUCGGAAAGGUAUCACGGGAUGUCACAGCCCUUAGCAAGAAGAUCAUAUUCUCGUUACAACGCGUCCGGAAACUCUCCCAGCCCAUUCCACAGCACAUCCAGUCAGAGAUUGACGGACGCCUGAAGGAGAUUGCCGAGCUUCUCGAGACCAUCCAACCCGAUGUGCAGGGCAUGAAUCGCCACCGGUAUCCUCUAUUUUGCCUCGAAGAAUUCGUUGAAGCAGUGUCCUUCGCACACUACUUGCACCACCAGACUCUCAUGACGCCUACCGCGGCGCAGGACGCGCUCCCAGCCGACAUUGAACUGACAGCGCCCGAUUAUGUCUUCGGUGUCUUUGAUCUCACGGGAGAGAUGAUGCGUUUCGCAACAUCGGUCACCGCGCUGACUGGGAGUAUGCCCACCGGCGAGACAUCCCGAAAGAGCAGCAGCGAAGCCCGGAAUGAGGACGAAGAGAGUGUCCCGAAGAGAUCGAUAUUGGCGGACAUGCAGGACGUUAGUUCGAUGCUGCAGAUCUGCCCGACGGUGGGGGGCAAAUCCGGCACAUAUGCCAAGAAGCUCAGCAUUAUGAUCGAGCAGGUGCGCAAGGUCGAGCGUCUGGGUUAUGGCCUUGCGGUCCGUGGCACGGAGCGGCCCAAGGGGUGGAUGCCUGAUCUCAACGAGGGGUAUUCCGGCGGGGGAGAUGGAGAUGAUUUUGGCACGGCGGACUGAGAGAUAUCUAACUUGCUUCUUCUGCGCGCUUUAUCUUUAUCUUCUCACGCUCUGCCCCAGUUGGAUUCUGUGUGCCAGGACUUGUUAUAAUCUCUCCAUGUUGUACGUUCUGUAUCAGGUCUGACUUGCAGGAUUCGACUUCACUAUUGGUGGAAAUGGCGUUAUUUGGAACUUCAAAAAAGGAAG